AAUAUGUUAUAUUUUUAUAUAAUUUUUUUAAAAAACUGCUAUUUUUGGAAAAUUUUCAUUUUUUUAGAGAAAUAUUGUAGAUUUGAGUUUGUGGUUUAGAAGUUAAGAUCAAAAGAUUAUUUGUGGAUAGUUGAGUAUUCUUUUAGAUUUUUUCAUCAAUAUGUUGUAUUUUUAAAUAAUUUUCUUAAAAACUGCUAUUUUUAAAUGAUUUGUAUCAAAAGUGUCAAAUUACUCAUUUCUUUUAUCACACUAAUGCUAUGCCGAGUGGUAGGUUGGAUAAUUAAGUUGAUUACAACUUCUUGAACAACGCUUAGCUAAGUUUGAUUACGAAUUAGUACCUCGAUUUUUCAGUAAAAUCCAAAUUUAUUCUAUAACUUUCACGUAUAUUUUACACCAAAAAAAAUUCACGUAUAACUUUGCCUAAUGUAUUUAAGUGAUACAUUGUGAUUACGGCUAAGAUUGGUAUCUAUUGUCAAAGAAAACGUCGGCCGUGGCCCGUAAUCACAAUCUGCAAUUAAAUUUACUGGACCGUAGAUAUACUAGCUAGCAAUCACCGGUAGUUUCUUUAACACGCAAAAUUGAAAGUAGCGUAUCUCAUAAAUCUAGGAAAUAAUAUUACCAAUUAGAUUAAAAGGGUUAAGUUUCAUUUUAUGGAAUCUUUCCAUAAAAAAAAUGAAAUUAUUAUUAUGACGAGCAUUUAACACCUCAAAUUAGCAUAAGUAUAAUGAAACUUCCUUAACUGACUUCAAACUAUGUGUAUAUAAAUAAAUGUCGGAAUAUUUUUUUCCUUACAGAGAGUCUUUUAUUUUUGUAACUAGGGCUAACUCAAUAUUCUUGUGAUCUCCUCUCUCAUCAUUGUCCUCAUCAACAUGGAGGAUGGAGAACCUUCAUCAACCGCUUGCUUGCCGCUCAAGGAAGAAAAGCUCCAACAAAACCCUAAAACAACCAAAGGUAGACAGAAGAUAGAGAUCAAACAGAUCAGCGAGGAGAGCAAGAGGCAAGUGACGUUUUCAAAACGCAGAACGGGGCUUUUCAAAAAAGCGGCAGAGUUAAGCGUCCUAUGCGGAGCACAGAUCGGUAUCAUAACGUUUUCACGUCGCGGCAGGAUCUACACGUUUGGUAACGCGGACGCACUCGUUGAAAACUACUUGCGGAGGACGCCCGUGAUGCUGAGGUCACAUCCUGGUGGUGACAUGCCAAACGAAGGUGAGGAGGCAGACGGUUUGAAGUGGUGGGAGAAGACGGUGGAGAGUGUGCCGGAGGAGGAGAUGGAAGAGUACAUUACGGCUUUGAGUGGGUUAAGGGACAAGUUGUGGACAAGGAUCUGUCAGCUGGGUGGUGAUCAGACUGUUCAGAUGAAUGCUCCUGUGUUUCAGAAUCAGAUGGCUGAGAUUGAAUGGAAACUGACAGAUGAGAAUCUGACGGUUAGGAAUGAUCAAGGUCAGUCAGGUAACGAUGGUUAUCUAGACAUUGCGUCUGGUACGUUUCUGUCUCAAAGCCGUAGGCAAUGAAGUGUUUUCUUGAUAUGUAUUACACUGGUGUUAUAUUUAUGUAUUGUAUGUUUAUCUAAUUAUUUACAUUCGUUUAACUCAGUUUAACUCAUGUUUUCACGUUUGAUACUGACUCGUUUAGCUCAAUUAACUCAGGAUUUGACGUUUAACAAUGUUAAAAUGUAACACAAAAGACGCUGUUCCAACCUAUAUUGUCCAUUCUAAAGUAAAUACUUGACACAACGAAGCUGUGCUCAAUUAUCGGGAUUCUCUAGAAAUUGGUAGCUUGGUUGGAACAAGACAGACUCCCGUUCGAGUUCUAAAAAUCGAUGUAGGCCAUGUAUAAAUGAAGCGGCUUUUCAAGAUUGCUUUUUAAAAAAAGAAAUCGGUAUACUCAAUUGAAAAAUCUGUUUAAACGUCCACCUAAUCACUAAUCUCAUAUAAAAUGCAUAUCUAGCUAGCACUUAGCUAACUCUUGAACAUUGGAUCUUUUGUCAUAUUUGGCUAGACGAAGAUAAAUCAUGGACAAAACACUAACUCGACUAGUCGUUAAAACGUUCGGUUCAGACACCUCAAUUAACAAAAGAAAAAAAAAACAACAACUAGGCUGUGGUUGGUCCAUUGUCCAUUAUGCAAAAAUGGAAAUAAGGUUUUUGGAUGAAAAGCACAUGAUCUUAGACUAUCUUUUAAGUGGAAGUAAAAC